GCUUAUAUGUAGGAAUUGGCAACGGAAUUCUUAUCCACACAUCUUUUUCCCAAAUGUCGCAGUUUCUCAUGAAAACGACGAAAAAUAAAGUUCAACGAUGUGUUAAAAUUCUGCUCUUAUUCACAUUAUUUCUAGCUUGUUACAAAGUUUUUAUUGCUUAUCUGGAAGAUGUUCGAGAAGAAGCCGCAGACGAAGAAGACCUUCAAACAGUUUUUAUGGACGCGAAUAAGAAGGAAAUUUUUAAGAAAUGGCUGGACUGUGCAAAGUGGAGCCUCUUGGUUAUUGAUGAUCCUGUUCAGUUCUGGACUCAAUUUACAAAGUUAACCAAAAAAUGCGACGAAGACGCUGAAAUCGACAAGCUUGGCCUCAUCACUCUGAAAAACAAGGAUGAGGAUAAAGUUGCAAUUUUGCCGAAAAAUUUCCAGAAUGAUGAAAGACACACAUUUGUAACCAUCGGAAUUGGAAAAGACAUCACUGGAGAGCAAAGAUGGCAAAGGAAAAUGGGAAAACUCGGAAAAACCGUCGAAUUCUACGGUGCCGACCCAAUGACUGAAGUGAAUGAACAUUUAUACCCACAAAUAGGAAAAUAUUUUCCAUUUGCAGUUGCUAAAAAUCCAGGAUAUGCCACGGCCAGUGUUUUGAUAAAUAGGCAAUAUUUUAAUCAAAGUGUUAUUCAUGUAGACAUGAUGUAUUUUGUGGAAAGGCUUUUAAAAUUGAAGACAAUUGACAAUUUGUGGAUGGACUCCGAAGGUGCCGAAUACGAUCUUUUUGAAAUUUUCGAGAAAGACGGAAGUUUUGACAGAAAUGGAAUAGAACUCUGUCAAGUUAAUUUAGAAGUUCAUCUAUCAGAAACGGGUCCUAAUAAUUUACACUACGAACGAUUUAUGCAUUUCGUGAAGACACUGAUAAAGGAAGAACGAUUUGCAAUCUUUCGAACCGAAGAAGUGAUACAUAUGAGAAUGUAUAUGUUUAAUUUUGACAGUGAUUUUUGUCGGCGUAAAUAUUAG